AUGUUUAGGAAAAAGACGCGCCAUAUAGAAAAUGUAAUGAACAGGUUGAUAACAUUGUUACAGCUUUUAGCUGCAGCUGUUUCAAAGUUAUCGAAAUUAUCGGUUUCAAGCCAUAUUAAUUAAUUGAUUAAUUACGAAACAUAACAUUUUGGGCUGGUACAGUUGUGGGACUACAACUGUUAAAACGUUCAGACUUUUACCGAUUUUACUAGUAUCUAGGCUACUGUAGCCAAGCUGUUGUCUGAUUUGGUCUACAAACGUUAUCCGUCUAGCGACCAUGAAUAGGAGCAAGGUUAAGAAAACCUCGACUUGGAUCCGAGGCCAACAAAGUAACAUCUCCUCAUUUUUCUCUUCAAAGAAGAUAGAGAACUCAUCCCCUCAAAAGAUCACUGAGCAAGAGAAGUCGGACGUCGCCAUCUCGUCCGAGCGCAGUCCUCUUGGAAUCUUGGAGAAUAUCCUCUCCUCCCCGGACCUUAUGACUGUUCCUGAGACUCCUGACAGCCAGAUCAGGCCCCCACAGCAAUCUAGCAAGCUCCCUGAAGAUCAACUUUCCAAGUCUCCUGUCAGCCGCAUGCCAGGCUCUAGAGGGAUCUGCUCAAUAAAGGCAACUUGUAGAUUAUCAAUGAGAAAUAAGACAAGCUCACCAGCCACAACCAUAGCUCCAGCCCUGGUCUCUCCAGACCUAGUUCCAGCCCAGGGCCAGACAGGCAGGAAAAAGGCUGACCUGUUUAUGGGCUCUGGGUCUGUGAAGAGGCUUUUCCAUUCAGAGGAUGUUCAGACACCCAAGCGAGCAAGGACCAGCAGCAAGCCAGUCACAAGGCCUUCCCUUAGCACACUGCAGCACACUCGCCUCCCUGGUGAUGGCUUUCUGGAGGAAUGCCUGCAGGUGAUUGGUCGGUCAGACAGUUCAGGCAUUUUAAGUAAAGGUGCCCUGAAGAAGUCCAAGUCUGGUCAGAUUGUAUUGACAGACAAGGGGAAGAUUAAAAAUGAGAGGACAUCGUUAAAGCCACUGUCUGUAUCGUCCUCCAGUGUGUCAUCCAAGAGCAACUCUGGGUCCAUGAGACAGGUUGCAGCACAGAAAGAGGAGAGUGUGUUCACUGUUAUCACAGAGCCGACAGCUACUGUGAAAGCAAACAGCCCCACUAACGUUAAAGACGACGGCAGUCAUGUGAUUUCCAAGAAGACUGAUCAGCAUAUUGGAAAGCUGCCACUAAGGGAAGGGUUAGCUUCUCCAUGUCCACCUGAGCCCCUGAGUAACAAACAGGAAGUAAACAAGCAAGCGGAUGGAGAGGAACCUGAUGGGACAGGUGUGACAUCCUCAGAGAAAGGACAGGUGAGGACAGAGGGUGCUGAUGGGAAGGGUGUGACACCAUCAGAAGACCAUCUUGAGGGUCUGGUAGAAGGCUGGCUUGAUGACCAGAUGGAACAAAGUUUCAAUAAUAUCAAGGAGGACCAGGACAAGUCCAAAAUGGGGAAAAAGAACAUCAUCCCAGACCAUGUGAUCUUGAGCCCAGGUGAGAACAACCGGUACUGGGUUCUAGAUGUCCAGGAAGUCCCUGGAUCUAGAGGAGCUCUGGAGAAACACCUUACCAUCACCUGCUCCAACACCCUCCAGCCCACACACACCUGCAUCCUCCGAGACGGAUGGGUGUCGAGCCCUGUGUCGCGGAGGGACGUGGUUCACCUUGAAGGCAGGUGUGAUUCUGGCACCUGGUUGGUGGACAGAGACUCUGGCUUCCUGGUCCUACUCCCUGACCUGCUGGUCUCUGGCACCAGCAUUUCCAGCGGGAUCCGCUGCAUGAGGCGUGCCGUGCUGGGGGAGAUGUUCAAGAGUUUUGACGGCGGCUCUAAACAAAUGCUGAAUGGAACCAUGGUUCAUGAGAUUUUCCAGAAGGCCGCUAUGAGGGGAGACUUUUCCAUAACGACUUUGCAGCAACUUGCCAAUCAAGCACUGCUGAGCCCCAACUACCUUGGAGACAUGUACAGUCUGAAUCUGAGGCAGGAAGACAUGAGGCAGGAGGUGUGGGAUUACCUGCCUGCCCUAGCCGACUGGGCUAGGGACUACCUCCACACUUCCUCUCAGGCCGGACAGAAACAGAUCACCCUCAAGCUGCCCAGUGACGGGGCUAUGAGCAGGCAGGACUCUGCAUGCAGCGUCACGGUAGCUGAGGUGGUGGACAUCGAGGAGAACGUGUGGUCGCCCAGGUUCGGUCUGAAGGGGAAGAUCGACGUGACGGCCCGGGUCCGGAUCCAGCGCCGUGGCCGAGCCCCAGUGGAGCGGCUCAUGCCCCUGGAGCUGAAGACCGGAAGAGAGUCCAACUCUAUAGAGCACCGCAGCCAGGUUAUCCUGUACACUCUGAUGAGUCUGGAGAGGCGUUGUGAUGCGGAGGCGGGCCUCCUGCUCUACCUGAAGACUGGCAGCCUGCUCCCCAUAGUGGGCAACCACAUGGACCGAAGAGAACUGUUGAAGCUACGGAACACACUGGCUCAUCACCUGGGAAACACUGUAGUGAAGGGCGCGGGACAGACUCGGCUCUCCGCCCUUCCUGACAUCAUUACAGACAGACAGACUUGCAAGUACUGCCCCCAGAGCAGGAACUGUGGGCUCUAUGACCGGGCUGUUGAGAGUAGAUUGCCGGACUAUGCCUCCCAUGAUGCCGUGCAGGCCUUCCUGGAGCAGGAGAGUGGUCAUGUGAUGGAGUCUCACCUGCAGUACUUCAGCCACUGGCUUCUCCUCUGCAGCCUGGAGGCGGUCACUAUGGAGACCAAGAAUGGCCGCAAACGUGUCUGGCUGCAAACCGCAGAGGAGAGGGAGAAGAGAGGAGGGUGUGUCGGGAACCUUCAGCUGAUUGGUGAGGUGAAAGCCCAAUCAGAUGGAGUGUUCAUCCACCGCUUUGAGCGGCGAAGCGGAGCUGCAGACCAAACUGUGAGCGGACUGGCCGUUGGUGACCGGGUUGUUGUGAGCGACGAAAAGUUGCAGCUGGUCGCCGUGGCAACCGGAUACGUGUGUGAUGUCGCUAGUAGGACAGUCAGCUGCACUCUGGACAGGGAUCUGUCCAGGCACAGUGGGGUGGUGUUCCGUCUGGACCAUGAUGAAGGAGUGACCGGCCUGUCCACACAUCUGGUCAACCUCUCCAAGCUCAUGGAGAACAGCCCUCCCAGUCUGAGGCUGAGGGAGCUGAUUGUGGACUUCCGUCCUCCCCAGUUCAUUUCCAGUCUGAGCAGCGUGCUACCCCACGAGGCCAAGGAUACCGUGGCUAACAUCCUCAAAGGGCUCAACAAGCCUCAGAAGCAGGCCAUGAAGAAGGUGCUACUGUGUAAAGACUACACCCUGAUAGUGGGUAUGCCUGGCACGGGCAAAACCACCACAAUCUGUACCCUUGUACGCAUCUUGUAUGCAUGUGGCUUCAGUGUGCUACUGACCAGCUACACCCACUCUGCUGUGGACAACAUCCUGUUGAAGCUGCGCAGGUUCAAGGUGGGCUUCCUACGCCUAGGGCGGAGUCAGAAGGUCCACCCAGACAUCCUGGCCUAUACCGAGGAGAGGGGGCGGGCCGACGGCAUACACACCCUCCCCGAACUGGAGCAGUUCUACAACAAGGAGCUCGUAGUGGCCACCACCUGUAUGGGAGUCAAACACCCCAUCUUCACCCGCCGUCGAUUCGACUUCUGCAUCGUGGACGAGGCGUCUCAGAUCUGCCAGCCCGUGUGCCUGGGACCGCUGUUCUACGCCGAGCGCUUUGUCCUGGUGGGAGACCACCAGCAGCUGCCCCCCAUCGUCCAGAACCAGGAGGCCAGGUCUCUGGGGAUGGACGAGAGCCUGUUCAAACGACUAGAGCACCACAAGGAGGCGGUGGUCCAGUUGACUGUUCAGUACAGAAUGAACAGUAAGAUCAUGUCCCUCAGUAACACGCUAAUGUACGAGGGGAGGUUGGAGUGUGGCUCAGAGCGCACCGCCAGCGGCCUCCUCGCCCUGCCCCACCUAGAAACUGUCCAAUCAGAGCUGGAGCUCUGCCUCACCCGCCCAGAGGACCGGGCCUGGAUACAAGCUGCCCUGCUACCAAACAACCCUGUCUGCUUCCUGGACACUAUCCUGGUGCCAGCAGGAGAGACGGUGGAGCAGGGAGGCGUCAGCAACCAGACGGAGGCGGUCCUGGUCCACCGUCUGCUCAGCAUGGUGCUCAAGGCAGGCUGCAGGGCCAGUGACAUUGGGGUGAUCGCCCCCUACAGGCAGCAGCUGAAGACUAUUUCAGGGCUGCUGGUGGGGUCGGAGUUCAAAGGCGUGGAGGUCAACACAGUGGACAAGUACCAAGGCAGAGACAAGAGCCUCAUUAUCGUGUCCUUUGUCAGGAGCCACCCUGACGGCAACCUGGGGGAGCUUCUUAAGGACUGGCGCAGGCUGAACGUGGCCAUCACCAGAGCCAAACACAAGCUGCUGAUGCUGGGCUCCAUCCCCACCCUGAGACGCUACGCCCCCCUGGAGAAACUCCUCAACCACCUGCAGCAGGAGAACAUGAUAUCCUUUAUCCCCUCCACAAACACACACACACUUGUGUUUGUUACAGUACUUCUAGAUUACUAUGGAUUGUGCUGUCUAAUAAAGUUUUUCUUAACCGCAAGCCACAUAUUCCAGCUCCCUCUGGCAGCUCAUGAGGUGUUACCCAUCAUGCAUCUGUGAUGGAAGGACUGCUAUACACUGUGAGGUGACGUUCCAAAAAUUGAAAUGAAAUAUAUAGAACAGAAUAUGCACUACCUCAUCUGCUGCUUUAAAUGCUCUCCUGAUAUACAUUUCUGUGAUGAAGACCUUUUCAGAAAUUACAUCCAGAUGAUUAAACUGUAUUUGUUCAUCAUCUUGGUACUUGAAAUGGUGCUCACGCUGUGACUUGAAUCUUUUAGAUCAUUGGAGAUUGAUCUUAAGCACUGAACCAAAACAGCAAUGGUGUCUCUUGUUUUAAUUUUAACCAGUUUGAUUUAGCAGGAUGUGAUUCAUUACACUCUUGCAUACAGUAUUUAAUAUGCUGCUCAGUGAAGGGUAAACUGGAAGGUACCAUGUCUAAUUUCUACAUAAUUCUACAAACUUACCUCAGUUGAUGAUUCAUAACAGUAAUAUGUUCAUUCGGAAAAUGUAGUUCUUCAAUCCUUCUACCUAACCUUGACUGAAAACCAGUACUGACCUCACAAAGAAGCAGGCUACUUGUGUUUCACUAGAAAUGUUCCAAACCUCAUUAUGAUUAUUAAUUGUCUUUCAUACCAUCCGUCUUUUAUUAUGUGUAAUAAUAAGAAUUUUGUAUUGUGUAAUUUUGUAUUUUCUGUGAAUAAAUUAUUUUAAUUAUU